AUGAAAUCAAGUUCUCAACCAUAUCAAAUUGUCUCAAUGUUUUUAUAUCAAGAUUCGGCAUUUACCCCUCCAUACCAAAACCAAGCUCUACGCUCCGCCGCUUCGGGCGUCCCUGGCUGCACAUCCCUAAAAUCUAUAUCCGUUGAACCGAGCUACCAACCGGCACGUCGAAGACCAAGCACAAGCUUAGCAUUUCUUAGCUACCAUCCGAGUCCGGGGCUCCACAACUUUCAAUUGGAAGCCCAUUCCCAUUCCCUAUUCAUGCAAGGCUGUGAAGUGAAAGUACAACAGGACUUGGCUGGAGGGAAGAGAUGGGCCGCGGGACAAGAUAGCUCGGCCCAGCUGGACGAACGCAAACAGAAAGGAUGUAGACUCAUAUAUACACUUGAGCGACCAGCAUUGAGGUUACACAAAUCCUCUGCGAAGAGGUAA